AUGGCUACAAUCAACUUGGGCAACGCUAGUCCUCCGCAAGAAAUCAGGCAACUCGACCUCAAGCAUCCUGCCAUCCAGAUCAAGUCUGUGCCGCUGGACACGCUUGCUUUGACGCCUGCUGGUACGCCCGAAGACGCUUCUCCCGCCGACGACGAGCCAAUGGUUGGCAAGAAGAUUUACUCCAUGGGGAGGCCCGACGACAGGGCGAAGAGCCUUGCCUCGAAGCUGACCCUCGAAGAACAGAUCUCGCUGCUUGCAGGCGCCGAUUUCUGGCGGACAGUGGCUAUUCCCGAAAAGGGCAUUCCUUCAAUCAAGACGUCCGACGGGCCCAAUGGCGCUCGUGGCGAGUUCUUUACUAACGGCACGCCUGCUGCUUUGUUUCCGUGUGGAAUAUCCAUGGCAUCCACGUGGAACUUGGACAUGAUGGAAGAGAUUGGCCGUCACCUUGGCGAAGAGGCAAAGGCUCGUGGCGCCCAGGUCUUACUUGCACCUACCGUGUGCAUGCACCGGUCUCCGCUUGGCGGCCGCAACUUUGAGUCGUAUUCCGAAGACCCGUUCCUCACUGGAAAGCUGGCUGCGUCGUACAUCCGCGGCCUGCAGAGCAAGGGUGUUGCCGCUACCAUUAAGCACUUUCUCGGAAACGAGCAGGAGACGGAGCGGCAGGCGUACGAUGCCGUCAUUGCAGAGCGGCCCCUCCGCGAGAUUUAUCUCAAACCGUUUGAGAUUGCCGUCCGGGAAGCGUCGCCAUGGGCACUCAUGAGCGCUUACAACAUGGUCAACGGCGUUCACGCUGACGAGUACGAGCACUCCAUCAAGGAAGUUCUCAGGGGCGAGUGGAAAUGGAAUGGCGCAAUCAUUUCCGACUGGACGGGCACAUAUGCGACUGCUCCGUCAAUCAAGGCUGGUGUCGACAUUGAGAUGCCAGGCCCGUCCAAGUGGCGCAAGAUUGACCAAGUCAAGGAGUGCCUCGACAAGGGCGAGCUAGACCCCAAGGACAUUGAGGAGUCUGCUGCUAGGGUUCUUUACCUCGUCGACCGAGUCAAGGGUUUGAACAACAUGGUUCCUGAAGAGCCCGAACGGUCCAUCGACAAUGUCGAAACACGGAAUCUCAUCCUUCAAGCCGGUGUCGAAGGAUUGACGCUAUUGAAGAACGAGAACAAUGUCCUGCCCAUCACGAACGCGAGGAAGAUUGCGAUGAUCGGGCCAAAUGUCAAGCGUGCCAUCGCAAGCGGAGGUGGAAGCGCUGGCUUGAACCCCUACUACAAUGUCACACCCUGGCAGGGCCUCCAGAAUCGGUUUGACGGCGAGAUCACAUUUGCCCAAGGCUGCGACAGCUCAAAGUGGCUACCGUUAGCCUCUCCCUACUGCAAGUCGAAUGGCGAGACUGGUGUACGGUUAGAGUACUACAAAGGCGACAGGUUCAAGGGCGAGCCUGCCGUUGUCCAGCACAAGGUCAGCACAGAUCUCUGGUUAUGGGAUUCCGCGCCCAUGGAACUGCUUCCAGACUUUUCGUUCAAGGUAAAGACGACGCUCACGCCCAAGUCGACUGGAAACCACAGCUUCAGUUUCGCUUCCGUGGGACCGGGCCGCAUGUUCAUCAAUGGCGACAUGUUCAUUGACAACUGGGAUUGGACCGAGGAAGGCGAGGCCAUGUUCUCUGCUUCAGAGGAUGUGCUCAAGUCAAUUUACCUCGAGGAAGGCAAGCCAGUAGAGAUCCUGAUCGAGAGCACCAGCGAAGUACGGCCCGCAUCAAAGGUGUCCGUCAUUGGUCGGCGCUACGACUACGGUGGUUGCCGCAUUGGUUAUCAAGAGGAAGACAAGAUCGAUCGCCUGCAGGAGGCUGCGGAUGCUGCUCGUGACGCCGACGUGGCUGUUGUGGUGAUUGGUCUGGACGCAGAGUGGGAGUCAGAAGGAUAUGACCGACAAACAAUGGAUCUCCCAAAGAAUGGAUCCCAAGACCGUCUGAUCGAAGCUGUUCUGGCCGCCAACCCACGAACAGUCAUUGUCAACCAAUCAGGCACACCCGUCACUAUGCCUUGGGUGCAAAAAGCCCCUGCAAUCCUGCAAGCAUGGUACCAAGGCCAAGAAGCCGGUAAUGCUCUCGCAGAUGUCCUCCUCGGAAACAGCAGCCCAAGUGGCAAACUGCCAACCACUUUCCCAGUGCGGAUCGAGGACAACCCAGCAUACCACAACUGGCCAGGUGAAAACCUGAAGACCGUCUACGGAGAAGGCAUCUACGUUGGCUACAGGCACUACGAGCGUUCCAAGAUCGCACCGCUGUUCCCCUUUGGCCACGGCCUCACAUACACUACCUUCGGAUACGGGUCGCCAAGUGCCAGUGGCACUGUCCUCUCUGAGCACGACGACAUCACCAUUACCGUGCCUAUCACCAACACAGGCUCGGUAGCUGCCCAUGAGAUUGUUCAGGCAUACGUAAAAGACGUCAAGUCUUCGCUCCCGCGCCCAGAAAAGGAGCUGCAGGCGUUUGGCAAGGUGUUCCUGCUACCGGGCGAGACCAAGGAUGUGGUCUUGAAGCUGAACAAGUACUCAGUGGGCUACUUCGACACGAGCCUGGGCCAAACUGGCGCCUGGAUUGCAGAAGAGGGAGUGUUGGAGGUGUUGAUUGGCGCGAGCAGCGCUGAUAUCAGGGCCAAGCUAAGCAUUCACGUCAAUGAGAGCUUCCAAUGGAUCUUCUAGAUAAAGAAGCAUAAUGAUGAGUAUCACGAUUUUCUUUGAUUUUCACCAGCUGGAGAGGCGUUGGUGGUGCACGGGAUCGACCGGGUGUGACUGGCAUUGCG